CGGAAGAAGGCGUGGACGUGACUCUCUGGCUCGCUUCGCCUCUACUCUCCUAUCCCCACUGACGUUGGACAACAAAGAUGGCGGCAGGAACGAGCAAUUACUGGGAAGAUCUCAGGAAGCAGGCACGACAGCUGGAAAAUGAACUUGACCUGAAACUAGUUUCCUUCAGUAAACUAUGUACAGGUUACAGCCACAGCAGUGCCCGAGAUGGAAGACGCGACAGGCAUAGCUCUGACACAACACCCCUUUUAAAUGGAUCAAGCCAAGACAGAAUGUUUGAAACUAUGGCGAUUGAGAUUGAACAGCUUUUGGCAAGACUUACAGGAGUAAAUGAUAAAAUGGCAGAAUAUACCAGCAGCGCAGGUGUCCCCUCCUUGAAUGCAGCGCUGAUGCAUACAUUACAGCGACAUAGAGACAUACUGCAGGAUUAUACACAUGAAUUCCAUAAAACCAAAGCAAACUUUGUGGCAGUACGGGAAAGGGAGAAUCUCAUGGGAUCAGUACGAAAGGAUAUUGAGUCAUAUAAAAGUGGGUCUGGAGUAAACAACAGAAGAACCGAACUGUUUUUGAAAGAACAUGACCACCUUCGAAACUCAGACCGUCUAAUAGAAGAGACAAUAAGCAUUGCUAUGGCAACAAAAGAAAAUAUGACUUCACAGAGAGGAAUGUUGAAAUCAAUUCAGAGUAAAAUGAACACUUUGGCUAAUCGUUUUCCUGCUGUGAACAGCCUCAUCCAGCGAAUCAACCUUAGGAAGCGGCGUGACUCCCUCAUCCUGGGUGGUGUUAUUGGCGUCUGUACCAUCCUGUUGCUGCUGUAUGCAUUCCAUUGAUGGGACAUCUCCAGGGACUCUGGACAGCCACCACUUUCACACCCUGAUCCAGAAGAAGAAAAAUAGGAAGGAGAAGUUGACUGAUCUGCUAAUUAGCCUGACCAGCAGGAUUCAUUCAAGACUGACAGUGAUGGACUCUGAUGUGGUCAGCUUGAGCGGAAGUCACAGGUUUUCUGUGCUAUCUUUUCUAACACACAUUUCCCUCUGUUUUCAGUUUCUAAAAAAAAAAAAAAGAUGUUUUGUCUCCCCAAGAGGUAAGUAAACCCAUCAGAAACAGAAUUUCCAUGCUUCAAUGAUAGUGUUGAAGGCUGAUGACAAGCCAGGUCACGAGGCUGGACUCUUCAAAAAACCAGGCUUCUGUAUAUCCAAAGACUGCUUUCCUUUCAGCCACCAGAUGGAGUUGUGAAUAAAAAUAGCUUUUUCCUUUUAUUUUACACUCAUGAUGAGAAAUUCCAAGUCAUUUCUUGAUAAUCUGUGCUAUAAAUUUGUACUCUUUGUCCCCAACUUUUUUGGUGUUCAAGGAAAAUGGCAAUUUUCAAAGAAUCUUUGAAAUUUUCACAGGCCAUCUUCAGCACAGUUGAGGUUAUCUGAAACAGAAGACAAGCACUGCAAAAAAAGACUUUAUCUUGUUUUUUAAUCAUGCCCACACUCAGGUUAACUGUAUUCCUGAAAAAACCAUCAAGAAUGAUAGGCUUUUUUUUUGGUCAGUCAUUGUUUUUUACUUUUUGUUAGUUUCUUCUAUUGAGUAAUAUCUAUUACUACAAGAAAAGAAAAUUCCAGUUCUACCACGACAAAAAGCCAGUAAGUAUCUGUCAGUGCCCCUAACUUUUCCUCCUCAUGUCGUGAUUAACACUGACAACCAAGUGAGGAAAAUGCUUGAUUUUCAUUGAGGUCUCUUCAACAAGCUACAUGUAAAAAGACAGUGAAGGGCCACCAUCCAGAUGAUUCCAUUUGUAAAUGUUCCACAUGUCGGAGCAAAAGUUUAAGGACCCCUGUCUUACGUACCAGGAAUUCUGUGUUCUGUGAAAACCUAUUCAUUCCAAAUCUGUUAAGCUUUUCCACACAUCCGGAGAAUGAGGGGCUUUACUACUGAAGGAGAAAAUACCAGAAUCUGUCUCUGUCUGCACUAUCAGAAUCUGUCUUCUGUUACCACCAUGGACAGUGACAAAAUCUUAAACCACCCACCAGAAUUCCAAGUUAAACCAUUUCCCAGUUUCUAUAAAUGUUACGACUUUUCUAACUGAACUACCACAAUUAGGUCGAAGACUUCCAACAUCUGCUGUCCUUACAAGAAAGAAAGCUACUCUUCACCUCUGAAAUGUACUGUGGUAUUUAUAGUAUUGGCUUAAGACCAUGCCACAGGAAAUAAAAGGAUAUUAGCAUGCAGUUCUUCACUCCACAAUGUGUUCAUGGUGACAUGAUGGACUUGAUUACAGGCUGAUCGGUAGACUAACCUCUGGUUGGGUACAGAAACAGAGGUUUUUCAUUCUGGCAUUAGAGUUUCAUUAUGUUCUGGGUAUGAAGAGCAAUUGAUAUAUUUUUUUUUAACUAUGGGGUUUAUUUUUCUAAAUAUGGGUUUAUUGAUUAGUCAGUUGAUUGGGGAUGCCCUUAAAAGAAAAUUUAAGUUUUCCCACUGUGAACCUUGAGAGAUCAGAGAAGUAAGUUCAUUUAUUAAAUUCUCUCCUGGGAGAACAAAACUUCUCUCCCCUGACUCUCUAUUUAUCUUUGAUUUUUCAAAGGGUCUUGAUCGAUGGUUGUGCCUCAGCUAGAAUUUGUGGGACUUUGGUUGCUAUAUAGUCAGCAUUUAUAAAAUCUGAAGUAUCGUAAAUAAAGUUAUUUAUUUAAUUAUA